AUGGCGGUCCUAGCGGCAGCUCAGUUGCUUGACGAAUUGAUGGGACGGCAUCGAAAUACGAAUCCAAACGAAAAAAUAAAAAAACCCAAUUGGGAAGACCCUGAGUACUGUAAAUAUUACAUGGUUAAGUUUUGCCCUCACGACUUAUUUGUUAAUACUAGAGCUGAUCUUGGAGCAUGUCCAAAAGUACAUGAUGAUGAAGUUAAAGACUUAUUUGAAAAGGCUGACUUUUCCUACAAAAAAUCUCAGUAUAUUGAAGAAUUUCUACGAUUUUGCCGUCACAUGAUUAAUGAUGUCGAGAGAAAGAUACAGAAGGGAAAGCAAAGACUGGAGCUUAUGAAUUCAAGGCCAGAAGGUCCACCAAUGACUCAAGCUCAAACAGAGAAGAAUCAAGAACAAGUAUCAUUACUCUCAGAGAAAAUAACUGCAUUAAUGCAAGAGGCAGAAGAGGCAGGAACAUGUGGCAAUGUGGAGCAAGCUCAAGGACUUAUGAAACUUUGUGACAGACUUAAAGAAGAAAAGGAUCAACUUCUGAAGCAACAGGAGAACAGUCAUUGGUCUAUGACUGCUGAAUUGGCAGCUGCACAGGAAAAACAAAUGGAGGUGUGUCCUGUAUGUGGGGCAUUUUUGAUUGUUGGAGACGCUCAACAAAGAAUUGAUGACCAUUUAUCUGGAAAGCAGCAUGUAGGGUAUUUUAAACUACGACAAGCCUAUGAAGAAAUGGUAGCAUCUCGUGAAAAAGAACAGCAGGAGAAGGAGAAGCGACGCCGAGAGGAUAGGGAGAAAGAAAGAGAAAGGAGUACUAGGGGCGGAGGAUUGGGUUCCGAUAGACGUGAUCGGGAGAGAAUGGAACGCGACCGGGAACGCGAUCGCGAUAAGGACAAGGACAAAGACUCUGUCCGAGAGAAAGAUAGACAUAGGGAGAAUCGUGACGAGAAGAACAAUCGUGACGAGAAGAACAAUCGUGACGAGAAGAACAAUCGUGACGAGAAGAAUAAUCGUGACGAGAAGAACAAUCGUGACGAGAAGAAUAAUCGUGACGAGAAGAAUAACCGUGACGAGAAGAACAACCGUCAUGAGGACCGCGACCGUGAGCGAGAACGUGAUCGCGACAGGGACCAGCGUCGUGAUCGCGAUAAGGAGCGGGAGAAGGAACGGAGCGACCGUGACCGUGAACGUGACAGAGACCGCGACCGGAAGCAUCGCAGGCGAUCACCCCACGAACGGUCACGUCGCCGCUCCCGCGAUCGCCGCUAG